UAACCUAUCCAUGUGGUGAAAAAAAAACUGCUGUGACAUUGUCAAAAGUGUAUUGUCGAGAGCAGUCGAGAGUCACAAUUGAUAAUACAAAUAGUUUUUCCCCCUUACGUCAUCAAAUUUGGCGUUUAUAAUUUUUUGCCUAUAUCGAAAGAAACUUAUUGAGUUUUCGAUAGUUACGUUGUGAAAAGGUGAUAAGGAUUCAAAUAUGAAGUGGUUUCCUGGAAGUAUCAGCGAGGCUGUAACCGCAGCGAAACAACGGGGAGCCAUUUUCGUCGUGUUUGUCGAAGGCAAAGACGAAAAGUCCGUCCAGGCGGCUCGGGUGCUCGAUGAGCAGGCGAUUUCGUUGCGAAUGGAGCGCGACAACUUCGUCUCUGUCAAAGUCGAGGCGGACACCGAGGCGUUUGUUUUCUUUCAACAAAUUUACGAAAAAGUGAGCGUUCCGUCGCUCUAUUUCAUCGGUGACAAUGGCGUGCCCGUGUUUACAUUAGUCGGUGGUUUAGACCCAGCCGAAUUGACUGCGAAACUCGACAGCCAUUUUCCCGAAGUUGCAAAAAGCGCCGCUGGCGCUUCUUCGAGUUUCAUACAAUCGGAGCAGAGCGCCGAUUCUUCGGCGAGCGCUCAGCCUCAAAGUCCCGAAGCCUCCACUAUGAAGUCAAACAGUUCGAGCGAAGCUCCCAAAGAGCGAGAAUUGACGGCUGAGGAGAAAAUCGAACGGGCGAAAAAGAUCGUCGAACUUCAGCGACAACAGAAAAUAGCGGAAGAACGAGAAGCAGAAAAACAGCGGGAAAUCGAACGCCGACUGUUGGGCAAAGAUUUACAGGCUCUCAAACAAAAACAACACGAAGCUGAAAUCAAAUUGGCGCUCGAUGAACGCAUGCGGGAAAAAGCUGCCGAAGCUGAAGCUCGCGAAAAAGUCCUCAAACAAAUCGCACAAGACAAGCUCGAACGGAAACAACGGGAAAUGGCACUCCAGCAACAAACUGCACAGCAGCAACGACAGAAUCAAGACGAUCGAAGCGAGGCGAUUGCGUCGGGAAGUUCGAGCAGCGAUUCGACGACGGCUCGGAUCCAAUUUCGAUUGCCGUCGGGUGCUCCGCACUUGGGAAAAUUCGAAGCUACGAGUACCCUCGGUUCACUGCGUUCUUACGUGGCUCGUAACAUCGAAUUGCCUUUUCAACAGUUCACGAUGUCCACGACUUUUCCCCGCAGGGAUUUGGUCGUCAAGGACGACGACAAAACUCUCAUGGAACUCGAACUCGUUCCAACUGCAGUUAUUUUAAUUCUCCCAGUCAAAAGUUCUAAAGUAACGAGCGUCGUGUCAUCAGACGGCGACGCUGGUUUCGUGUCCCGUUUCAUUUGGGCGCUCUUCGCUCCGAUCAUGUCGAUCUACAAUUUCGUGAUGGGCUACUUUUCGGGCGCACCGAGGAAUCCACCGGACAGCCGCAGCGAUGUGAAUCCCGGAGGACGUGGCGCGAGCCCAAACGCCGAAAGAUUCGGUCGCGUUCCCGACCAACCUGGUUCGAUAAACGGAAAUAUUUUGGGCGGUCCGUCGACGACGAUACGUUCGCGAGGGAACAUUCACAGGCUUCAUUCCGGAGGCGACGACAACGACGAGAACAACACGUGGAACGGUAAUUCCACACAACAGAUGUGAACAAUCUAUAAAUAAGAAUACACAAACUAAUGAAUAUGAAAAAAAAAAACGAAAAAGGAGAAAUGUGCGGAAUAAAAAAUCGAGGGGGCCUGCGACGUUUUUGAGGUAAAAUUCGAUAAAAAAAUCGUAGCAAAUCAGACGUGUUUGCAGGUAAAUUCAUGGAUAUUUUUCAUUUUCCUUCAAAAGUCAAAUUUUGGGCUCGUCGCUAAGAAUUGUAUAUUUUUCGAUGUAUCAGUGGAUACAAUUUCGCGAAAGCAUCGAAAUAGGAUGACUAUAAUAAUUGGAAUGCAGAUAUUGAUGUAAUUAAUUUAUGGAAUUCGAAUGAUUUACUUCGAAGCUAGAAAAUAAAUGGUUGUCUUUAUUCGCCAUAAAA